AUGCAUGCACUUUUAGUAGUACCCCUUCUCACCAUCUUCCUGUCCACCAGGACCGUUCUGGCGGCUCGUGCAUUUCGUUCAGAUGAUGAUGCACAAGAUAUUAUACAUACAACACAACACUAUGACGUUGAGGCAAUUUACCCAAAGAUUCCCAUUACCCUCAAUUUGGCCAGAGAGGCACCAGCUGGAAUUACGAGAGUCGAACGCCUAGCUACCUCCUCCGAGAGCCACUUCAUGAUUAAGCCACAGUAUGACGAAUACUACAAAAUUGGAGACAUACUAGAGAAUAGAGCGGUCAUUGUCGAGGGGAAUACCAACAUCGCAGAAAGAAGAGUCUACCUCAGAGACGACGGAAAGGAUAGAAUCCUCAGGGUCACUGAUUUUUACCUUCAAAGGGAUGGAAGAUUCAGAACAGAGACUAUCGAACUUGUAAAGGUGCAGGGAGACGCUUAUUAUGGACCACUGAUGAGAUGUCCAGUGGACCUUCAUCUGCUCUCCAGGGACAUGCCUGACGAGAUUGAACGCAUUACAGAUCCGUCGAGAGGAGAGACAAGAUACAGGAUAAGAAAGAACAUGAUGUAUACAAUGUAUAUUGGCACGGUUAUAUAUGGUGAAGACGUUUUGGACGAUGCAGUUGGCAAUGAUAUUCUCUCAAAGGAGGUCACCGUAGAUUUUGUAAAUGGUCUAAAGCGGGUCAGAGUUGAUGUCUAUAAAAAGGACGGGAGUUUCACGAGUUCGGAACAUACCUUGAGAUAG